CCUCCACGUCUCUAACAUGAAGCUCGUCAUUCUUGCUCUCUGCGUGGCUGCUGCCGCUGCUGUUGGAAAGGGUCGUUAUGGCCUCUAUGGCUACUAUGACUACCGUGGUGUCGUUGCCAACGCUGCUGCCGCUAGAGUAGCCGCCGACAACCGUGCUGCUGCUGCUGGUGCCGCUGCCGGUAAUGCUAGAAAUGCUGCCAACGCCGAUGCUGCUGCCGCUGCCAAUGCUGCUGCUGCCGCUGGCGCCGCUAGAGGUGUUGCUGCCGACCGUGCCAACGUUGCUGCUGCUGCUACCGCUGCUGCUGCUGCUGCCAGAGCCGACGCCAACGACAAGGAAGCUGCUGCUCAGGCUGCUGCCGCUGCUGCCGCUGCUGCCCGUGCCGAGGCCAACGAGGCUGCCGCUGAUGCCGCUGCUGCUGCCGCUGCUGCUGGCCGUGCCCGUGCUUCUGCCAACGCCGCUGGUGCUGCCUCCGCCGCCGCCGCUGACGACGCCGCUGCCAAGGCUGCCAGUGCCGCCGCCGCUGACAAUGCUGCUGAUGGUGCCGAGGGUGCUGCCGCCGCUGCUGCCAACCGUGCCGCCAGAAGCUGCUGA